GUGACAACAGCACCAACCAACGAAGACAAACUUCUUCUCUCCAACAGGACCAGCAUAUCGCUGUAAUUUACAGGUACUUUCAUCCGAGAACCCGUUGCCUCGAAGAAGCACACUCUGAGUUGCUGUUAAAAUGCCGAAGAAUAAGGGAAAGGGUGGUAAAAACCGACGUCGUGGAAAGAACGAGAACGACAAUGAAAAGCGAGAGUUGACCUUCAAGGAAGAAGGCCAGGAAUACGCCCAGGUGGUUAAGAUGUUGGGCAACGGGCGCCUGGAGGCUCUUUGCUUCGACGGCGAGAAACGACUGGCACAUAUCCGUGGCAAACUCCGCAAGAAGGUCUGGAUCAACCAGGGUGAUAUCAUCCUUCUGUCCCUGCGAGAUUACCAGGACGAGAAGGGGGAUGUCAUCCUCAAGUACAGCGCCGACGAGGCCAGAAGCUUGAAGGCCUAUGGAGAGUUGCCAGAGAGCGCGAAGAUCAACGAGACUGAUACAUACGGCCAUGAGGGUCUUGAUGACAAUGUCGAAUUCGAUGAAGACCGCGAGAGCGCCGACGAGAAGGACAUCGACAUCGACGAGAUCUGAGCGAUCUCACCCUCCAAUUUCCGAUACCGGUGGGGUCAUAUUCUUACCUGCGCGUAUCUGGCUACUUAUGUCGCCGAAAAAGCAGACGAUUCCCCUGCCUGUCAUACUACGGGUUGUCGUUGCAUGAUGGAAAAAGAAAAUAAGUGUUACCCAUUCCCAUCACCAAAAAAAAAGUCAAGCGGCGAAUUUAGACAGCCCUUGCGCCAGGGCUGGGAGUCGGACAAUUUUUCGCGAAAAAAAUGGCUACCAUGUAAAUAUGAGCUCAGCCGGCUAUUGCCCCCCUUUCUCACCACUCGAUUCGUCCCUCGCCAUGCCUCGCACCCUACUCGCAUUUGCGGUGUCUCAUGCCCGAAAGCUUCGCGGGUACUACGUCAUCCCAGAAUGACUGAUCUAAAGUCCUCCUGCUCCAUUCCGCCGAUUUCAUGUCCGUUUCAUAUAUUCUUUUAACGCUACUUAUGAUGAGUUUCGUUUGAUGGCCUUAUUUCUGGUUUGCUCCUUCCCUUUGGUUUGCUUGUCAUGAUGUGGUGUUAUGCUUUUCUAAGGUUGUUAGAAUGAAGCAUAGAUAAUGUGAGCACUGAAAUCGAAUGGACCGAAGAUCACGUAAAA